UAUUGAAUUCGCACGUUCCGAAUAGGCUACGGUCGUCACUCGGUUGAAAAUUGUUCGAUACUCUAAAAUCAUCGGGGAUUUUUAAAGUGACGGAAAUGUGUAUGGAGGACAUCACAAAGGUUUCGAACCAAUCAAAGCGGAUUUCUUUACCAAGAACCCAGCUUACAGGGGUUCCCUCGAAUCAGACGUGCUAAAUACAUGUUUCUCCGGAACUGCGGAUGAGCCAAUCAUUGACAUUAGAGAGUACUCUUCCAAUCCAAUCAGAGACGGGACUGUGAUCGCCGAGGAACAAUCACAUGAAUCCGCGCAACUGGUGAUUUUUUAAAUUUUCUGUUGAUGAAGAGUGGUGUGGCGUAUUAAAAGGUGUCUCCUCGAGGUCAUCUCUGAUCCGAUAAUUGACAAUUCACUCCGGAAUUCUUUAUCAUGCCUCGGCCUCGGAAUUUUUUCAUGAACUUCACCCUUCUUCUCAUUUUUCUGCUGGCGCUGUCCGUUUUGAGAUUGGUUCAUUGGAAAUUUGAGCUGCUGAUUAAAAAAACAAGGCAUUUCGAGCCUGCAGACGAUGGAUUUAGACGCUUCACCACACCCCGUGUUGUCUGCUGGAUCCCUGCACAAGCAGCCGAUCUGGAGGAGAUGGGCGAGACCAUCCGGGCCACUUGGGGCAAGAAAUGUGACAAAUUGAUAUUCAUGAGCUCGGUUAAUAACGAGAGGUUUGGAGCAGUGAAAAUCGACGUCCCGUAUGACAAUAGUAUAUUUCUGACUCAAAAAUGCGUCAAGUCUUUGCUGUAUUUAUACCGGCAUCAUCUGGAUGAAGGUGAUUGGUUUUUAAAGGCAGAUAUUGAUACUUAUUUCAUAGUUGAGAAUCUGCAUUAUUUACUGUCUUUCUAUUCCCCGGAUGUACCCUGGAUGACGGGACAUCAUCUCCGGGUGCCGAAAGCUGGUAUGGGGAAGGGAUACUUCAGUGGCGGAGCUGGCUACGUCAUGAGCAGAGCGGCACUGGAAAAAUUCGUCGAGGUGGGGCUCGCCGGCGGAAAAUGUCGGUUUGAUGAUAAACUCUUUAUUCAAGAGGAUUUAUAUCUUGGCCUGUGCAUGAGGAACAUCAGUGUUAAAUUCGCUUCGUCAUAUGACGUUACCAACAGAGAGACAUUCCACACGAUGCCUUUCGUUGAUGAGUUCAGAGGUUUUAAGUCGAGUUGGUUGGAUCGGUAUCACAGCCACAAAAGGGACGUCAAAUGUUGCAGUCCUUACUCCAUAUCGUUCCACCGGCUGAAAACUCCGACUCAGAUGCUGGAAAUGCACGCCAUGCUCUACUUCCUCAAUGUAUGGGGCGGUGGUGAAACUAGGAGCUGGUUCAGACCCAGGGAAAUGGACAUUGAUGACAUAUGAUUUCUGUUUUGGGGCCGCGCAGAAAUCGGAACAUUCAACUAUAGUGAUUCAGAGGACUGAUUUGAAACUAAGUCAGCAAGCAUAAUGCAAUGAUUUGAAGACCUUUUCAAGAGUAUUAAACCGGGUUGCGUGUUGGCUUCAUAAUAAGGUGCUUCCAGCUGAUGACGACCACAGAUCCCAAAUCCCCGAAACGCCAACGUAAACGCCUAUCCCAUUGUUUGAGCUCCUGAUCAUCAUGUCGAACCAUGGGA